AAAUUUCAAAUUAAAUUGAACAGUUCAGAUAUAAAAGGUUAUUUAUCCUGAAUAAUUUCUUGACAAUAUUAUUUUGAAAAAUAACAGCAGCCGUGGGUAUGAAGAUCCUUCUCGUAAAAAAAAAAAAAAAAGAUUAUAUAAUUCGAAAAUUAGACAUGUUACAUUUGAUAAAAUUAAUUAACGUGUUAGUUUGCACUUUUAACAAGCAAAAGUACGAUUAUAUAAUAAUUAGAGUAGUGGGGUGCCUACUUACUCGGUACCAUUACCAAUAAUGAUGCCACAAAAUAUUAUUAAUGAAACAAGUAACAACUUCAUGCAGGUCUACAAAACGCUGUCGCUCAAUCCAACUCCACAAUUAUCCUCCUCCUAAUAAUCCCCAUAACCACCCCAACAAACCAACAAACAAACAAACAAACAAACGGCCAAAAACGCAGACCCACUCCUUACACUCUCCGACCACCACCAACUCCCCCAUGGGCCUGCCCGGAAAGUCCGCAAACAAUGAUCCCGAUUGCGAGAGCUCUUUCCUUCUAUCCACAGUCUCUGAAAAUAUACCAAAAGACAGUUUUAACCUUGUUUACAUAAUAUAUUUCACUCUAGGCCUUGGCUAUCUUCUCCCAUGGAACGCCUUCAUUACCGCCGUUGAUUACUUCUCCGCCAUCUACCCAGGCGUCUCCGUUGACCGUGUUUUCGCUGUGGCUUAUAUGUUAGUGAGUCUUUGUUGUCUUUUGGUUAUUGUGUUUUAUGCACACAAGUCUGAUGCUUACUUUAGAAUCAAUGUGGGUUUGGUUCUUUUUGUUUUGGCUCUUUUAAUUGUUCCCGUUAUGGAUGCUGUUUAUAUCAAAGGUCGAGUCGGGUUGUAUAACGGGUUUGAUGUUUCGGUUGGGGCUAUUUCUUUAGCGGCUUUGGCUGAUGGUUUGGCUCAAGGUGGGUUGAUUGGCGGUGCUGGUGAAUUGCCUGAAAGGUAUAUGCAAGCUGUUGUUGCCGGUACUGCUGGUUCUGGGGUCCUUGUUUCAUUUCUGAGGAUCAUAACCAAAGCUGUAUAUACACAAGAUGAACAUGGCCUUAGAAAAAGCGCAAAUCUCUAUUUUUCUGUUGGGAUUGUCGUUAUGAUAUUAUGUAUCAUCUUUCAUAAUGUGGCACAUCGACUUCCAGUUAUUAAGUACUAUAGAGAUUUGAAAGUUCAGGCUGCAAAUGAGGAAAAGAAGGAAAAAGGGUCUCUAAGUGGAGCUCAGUGGAGGUCAACCGUAUGGGAGAUUGUUGGGAGCGUCAAGUGGUAUGGUAUUGGAAUCCUGCUCAUCUAUAUUGUGACUUUAGCAAUAUUUCCAGGGUAUAUAACAGAGGAUGUGCACUCUGAGACUCUCAAGGACUGGUACCCAAUUCUUCUUGUUACUGGCUACAAUUUGUUUGACUUGGUUGGUAAAUCCUUAACUGCAGUCUAUUUACUGGACAAUGAAAAGGUUGCCAUUAGUUGCUGUUUAGCAAGAUUCCUCUUUUUUCCUCUCUUCUUAGGUUGCUUGCACGGUCCCAAAUUCUUCCGAACAGAGCUCCCAGUAACAAUCCUGACUAGUCUAUUGGGUCUUACUAACGGCUAUCUGACCAGUGUAUUGAUGGUUUUGGCUCCCAAAGUCGUUCCAAUACAGCAUUCAGAGACUGCUGGGAUAGUGAUUGUGUUGUUCCUAGUUAUUGGUCUGGCUGCUGGAUCAAUUGUAUCUUGGUUUUGGGUAUUCUGACAUCAAUACAAGUUGAAUGAAAUCUGCAGCCCCUUCCAUGAUGUGGAUUAAGGUAGGUUAUGGAAACAGAAGUCUGCAUUCUUUAAACCUUUGUAAACUCAAUGAAUUGUUAAUAUUAAUUGUUUCAAUGCAUUUCAUGUUGAAUUAUAA